UUUUCUAAGGCCCACAGAAGAAUCUGUUAAUAUGUGCCUUUCUGUUAUUGGUACUAGCCAGAUACAUAAUUAUGAGCUGAAAAAAUGUGGUUGCUUGAACAGUAAGAUUCACUGAUGGUCAAUGCAAACUGCUAAUUUCCAAAGACGAAUAUAGCAUGUUAGAAGCUAUAUAAAGUGUGUGGCUGAAGGCUUUGCCUGCUUGCUCAGAGCCAGUUUCUAUAACAGACGCCAAGGAAACAUAUUUAAUUGGUCUGUAGUUAAGGUGGUCACUGAAGAUUUCAUGGUGCCUUUCACAAGCAAUCCCAGAAUUACGGACAUACUUCAAUUUGAGUGUGUUCUGCCACACCAAGCUCUGCACUUCCAGUGGGAUAGUUCAUUUCUUUCUUUUGGUCCAAAACUGUCACAAAAAUGUAUUCUGAAAAAUGUGCACUCUUGUCUUGAAGACACGUUCAGCAUUUGAGAAGGGCUCUCGAUCAGGGGAUGCAUUGGAAAAUGGUCAAUAUAUUUGUAGUUUGAGGUGAAAGUCAUUGUCAGUGUAGACUGAUAUGACCAUUCCAUCAAGUGAAGUUUAUUUUCAGCUUAGGUGCUGCGGCAUUGUUGCAAGUGAACUGGGUGUGCUUUAGAGCUCCAUCAAGUGCUACUGAAGUGGGGAGCAGGGCAGUUCCAAACUGUCAGCAGCUCAUUUGCUUCCUGCAGCAUCUUGUUUUUGGGAGCCACAGCGCUGCAGAGGGGCUAUGGCAGGAGACUGCCCAUCACACUCUGCUCCUUGGCACACACUGAGAUGUGGAGCACUUCUCAGGCUGUUCAUUUCCAGACAGAGGUGACAGUGCCUGGUUUCAGGAAAUGGUGUGUGGAGGGUAGAGGAGGGAAAGAACUGGAGAAGGGAUGUACUUUUUGGAAAGUGGGGAGCUCUCUUCACUGGGGCCAAAUCAGACAGGGUGAAUGGAACAGAAGACUCCCCAGGCAUUAUAAUCCCUUGGGAAUCUUUCAAUGUGCAACCUAUGAGCUUGUUCCUGUCCGUGGCAAUUUACCAGCAUUUGGACACUGGUGAGCAUUUUGUCUUCAGCUCACAAGGGUUGCUCAGCUCAGUGCUUAAUACUAAAAGCAUUCAGACUUAAGCCCUGUUUUCUUACACAAGAAUAAUAGAGAGGGUGAACAAAAGCAGCCAGGAGGUGGCAGAGCCAUGGCACCACAGGCGGUUGAGCACAGUUAGUACAGUGGUGCUAUAUUAUUAACAGAAAGAACAACUAUUUCUAAUUGUUGAUUCAUUCUUUUUGACUCAUCCCUGUGCAAAGAAGUUCACUUGUGUCUUACUAUGGCCAGUGAAUUACUCCACCCUGCCAGUCCUCCUGCUGCUCACACUUCUCUCUGCAUGGUGUCUGGUGGCUAAGCAGCCAUCAUGAUGUGGUGCAUCUGCUGGCUGCAGGCAGAGGAAUUCCAGGCAGCUGUGCCCCUAUGGUUGGUUUCAGCACAGAAGCCCCCUCUCUGUCACUACAAUACCAAGUGUCUGCUGGAGGUGCACCCCUAACGCUGCCUGUCCUGCUCCUAUUCCACUGGAGUAGAAGCUUCUUGGCUUGGGACAAUCUGCUGAAUGUGUUUUUCACUCUUCUGCACCAUUUGGCUGGAGUUUUUGUCUACUUUAUUUUGCCAGAUUGAACCCUAAAAACAUCUUGCCAUACUUUUACCUCAUAUUCUCUCCUUAUGCCACUCAGAGUGUCUGGCUUUGUACCCUUUCAGCAAAAGAGAGAGAUUGAUUUGUUGUUUUCUUCCUGUACAGAGGUCUGGAAAAUGUAAUAGCUGUGAUGCAAAGGCUUAGAGUUGGCCUUAGAAGCUGAAAUCUGGCUACAGAUACUUCAGACAAAAAGGAACUAGCUUCAAGCUGUGCUUCCAGUAGAUAACUUACCUGAGCGAUGUAGGACAGCGAGAGCUGAUUGCCAGCCAGACCUGGGCAGUGCUGAGAUGGGGAGAUGGGUGAAAAUUCAAGGGAAUUUCAAGGUUGGGUUGUUAUUGCUUUUCUUUUCUUACAGGUUGCUGCUGUAAGAAUACACUUGAGCAUGAAAUGCCUCGAUUCUUUCCAAAAGCCCCACUUGAAAGUUAUCAAAGCGUGUAUUUCUGAGUUAAGUUGUUUUUGUUUCAACUGUUAUACAUCAAGGGGUUUUAAGAAGUGUUUUGAAUACAGGAAACAUUAACUGCAGGCUUUCUGAUUCGUUCGUAUGCUGUAGUAGCAGUAAUAACAAUCAUUUGUACUGAGGUAGCAGGUGGCCCUCCAAGGUUUCAUUGUGGGCGUCACUGUUUAUACAAAUUAAAGCCAGUCAGUUCAUAUCCUGUCUGAUUUUGCGUGCAGAUGCUGUGCUGUCGCUGCUCAUCAUGCUGUGAGCAGUCAGCGCUGUGCUAGCAGUGCAGUGCUUCCAGUGCAAGGUACACGAAGAAGCAGAGGCUGGGCCACAUGUAUCCUCGCUCAUCCUUUAACUGUGUUGCACCGGUGCGUGCUACUGCACUCAUAUGGGUGCACGAGUACCAGGGUCUCACAUGGCCUGUCACCAUGCUGUAGCACCUUGGUGGUCGCAUCAUGGCUGGAGGGACAACAGCAUGCUCAGCUGGAGCAGGGGAACGUUGCCAUGCAGACAAAGGUUCUACUUUCUGACCGUUCAGCCAGAGCUAAGGCAGUGUUCCAGCUCCAAUUUUUUGUUGUGGUUGUUUCUUUUGGCCUCAGAGUUUCAAGGAUCUGGUGCUAAUUAGAGAACUGAAUGUUUGACUUUUAUUCGCGAUGAAUUCAUUUGUGCUUAUUCAUUCUAAGAAAUAUGUAACUGCGUGCUUCUGCCAGGCUUUGUAAGUAUCUCACCUAACAGCACAGCUCUGAUCCCUGCAGAGGUUCAGGCAUGAGGGGGUGUAUGUGAGAGCCUGGCUCAGCACCGUGCUGCAGACAUCGUGUUAAUCCUCAAGCUGUCCCUGCACCUGGGGAAAAUACAGCCUGACCGAGGUGUAGAGGAGUUGUUUGCUGAGUCACUCUAGCAAAUUGCUUCUCCUUCUCUCAGCUGAGUGAAAAGAAUAUUGCAGUAGUUGAAAUUUCAUUGUUUUCCUUCAUAAAAUGCAAAUUGUCUAAUUGCUUCCUUUCUUGCAGCGCUUGGCCACUUAAGAUCUUACAGAAUGCCUGGCCCUAUCUGCUCUUCUGCCAAAAUAUCCUCUUGUCAGUACCCUCUUGUGGUCCUUGCCCUCUUUGGUGUCACCCUACUGGAUUUCAACCAUUUUGGAUACCCUCUCUGCUCCCUGAUGUCUUCCUCAAGCUAAAUGCAACUUGCUGUUCUAUUGGUGCACACCAGCACUGGCUGAGAUGCUCUGAUUUUAGAGGAGUGUGUGUAAAUGGACUCUCAGAGUAUGUCCCCUUUGUAGUGGCUGCUCUAAAGAGAACAGGCACUCAGUAGCCUGGGGACAGAAGUGACCUGGGGACUGCUCAAAGUUAUACCAGCAUAUGUUCAGGUUGGAUAUUAGGAAAAACUUCUCAGAGUGGUGGGUUAUUGGAACAAGCUGCCCAGAGAGGUGGUGGAGUCACCGUCCCUGGGGAUGCUCAGGAAAGAGGUGGAUGUUGCACGGAGUGACAUGGCCUAGAGCAGUCUCACAUAUGAAUUGGUGGUUGGACUAGAUGAUCUCAGUGGUCUUUCCAACCUGAAUGAUUCUGUGGUUCUAUGAAUCUAUGAAGCACAUGGGUGACCUCCCUUGGCUCUGGUAGCUCUCCUGUGCUGCACAGGGUGCUCCUCUGGGGCUGGAAGGAGCAGUGGGAGCUUCCCUGGAAACCCUUGGAGUCACACAGAGCUGCAGAAUUUCUCCUCUCACAAGUGUGGAUGCUGUCCCAGGGCUUCCUUUGGCUCUGAUUAAGGUCAGCAGCCAAAAUGGGGUCUGAAUUCCAGAAGCAGUGGAAGGCCAUGAGGUUUAGCCAGACAGUGUGUUUCAACACAAAACGGAACUGGCCUUCUUUAUUUUCACAUGUGCACAGCCAAUAGAUGUUGCCCUGCUGGGUCUGGGACUUCACAUGGAGCGAUUUCCUGAGCUUCCUGCCAAAGGCAGUCCGAGUCCGCAGAGCCUGGUUUGAUUUUUGCUCUUCUAGCCUAGAGCUGGCUGCAUUGUUUGGGGAGUUGGAUCCACAGAGUGAGUGUUGUGACACAGUGACUCCGGGACAUUUCUGUUAGUCACUCCUUUCUUUGUUGUUGUUCUUUAAGUGCAUUUUAAAUUCCUGGGCAUGUAAUGUCUUCAUUAACUCAUCCUGAAAGCAGUGUGCCCUGCACAGUGUGAGCUAUCUGAUGUUUUUUUUCCUAUCCUUAAGCUGUUCUUCAGCCCACAAAGUGAGGGAUAAGGGACUGUUUUGGAAAAAAAGUAGAGCUUCAGUCAUAGCCUGAAGUCCUGUGUUUCAGUUCUGGCCUUCCGUUGGCUACUGUUUCAGCCCCUUUUUUCCUGCAACGCUCAGACAACUUAAUUUGUUAAAAACGUCCCCAGCCUCUUCCAGGCCUAGGAUGUAAUGAUGCCUCACAUUUUGUGAGAAUAAGCAGGGAUCCAAAGACAGGAGCGUAGCACUCUUACAAAGUGCUAACUAGAAAGCAGUGGCCAAAGAUGCCCACCCCCAUGUGGAUUUGGUUUGAAUGCAGCAGUGCAGAGGUGCACAGCCUGGCCUGUCUGUGGAGCUGACUCCUGCACUGAGAGGCUGAAGGCAUGGGGUGGUGACAUUGCUUCCUGCUGCUCUGCUUGGGGACACUUCCAGAGGCAGUGGUUCUUACUGGAGCAGCUCCAUAGCUGUCUCUUGUUGCAUCCUUGCUGGUGCAGGGCCACAAAAAUGAUCUGACGGAUGAAACACCUCCCUGUGAGAACAGGCUGAGGUCUGGGGCUGUGCAGCAUGGAGAAGGGAAGGCUCCAGGGACACCUGAGAGCGGGCUGUCAGUAUCCAGAGGGGUUGUAAGAAGGAAGGGGACAGACUCUUGAGCAGGGUCUGUGUUGACAGGACAAGGGGAAGCGGUUUCAAACUAGGAGAGCGGAGAUUUAGAGUGGAUGUAAGGAAGUUUUUUCACAAUAAGGGUAAUGAGGCACUGGAACAGGUUGCCUGGAGAGGAGAUGGUGCCCCAUCCCAGGAGACACUGCAGGUCAGACUGGACAGGCUCUGAGCACCUGGUGGAGCUGUCAGUGUCCCUGUUCAGUGCAGGAAGUUGGACUGGAUGGCCUUUAAAGGUCCCUUCCAACUCAACUGAUUGUAUGAUUCUGUGUUCAAUGCAUGUCCCCCCCCUUUCCCAAGCUCACCGGCUGUACCCAUGGCAGCAGAUCUGAGGGAGCUCCUGCUGCCUGCAGCCUCUGCAUUCCUUUAGCCGUUGCUGGCUGCCUGCUGCCUCUGUUGCUUCUUGCUAGGAAAAGUGGAAGAUCCUUGUUCCAGCUGUUCUGCAGUGUAAAGAAGAAUUACUACAUGGGAAAGGCACUGACUUACUGCUACGCUGAUGCCAAAUGGUGCAGUUCAGCUGGGGCAAUUGAUGCAUGAUCCUCUUCUGGAGAGUCCAUCUGGGUCCAAAGUGCUGGCUGAGCCCUGCGUGUGCUUAGUGAGUGACUGGGUGAGUGCUGGCCUUGACUGGAGCAAAUUUCUCUUAUGUUUCUCCUGAUUUGUACAGACCAGAAAGUGCACUGGAAAAACGGUGCUAUAAAUCACUGUCAGAAAAGCAGCUCUUGGCUUAGCUCCUGGUAAGCAGGUGGAUAUUAGUGCUGCUGUCUGUGCUGAUGCAAGCAUGCCAUAGGGAUCCCCACACCGACAGCGGCAGCACAGUGUCCUGCUAAUGAGCAUUGCAGAGUAAUUAGGGGCACAAGGGCAGCCGCUUGACAUGGCUGGUACAGAUGCCAGCUGUCACAAAGCUCGACAUCAGUGGGACCUCUGAGCUAAGAGCAGAUCGGUAGCUGCUCAGCUGCUGGUACUGCUCUGGUUUAAGCUAACACAGGUCCACAUCCGUACACUGCAGCCAUGUCCCUGUUUGCAUGGAGGCCAUGCUGCAGUGGUUUAGUGCUGAGAGUGAGGGCAUCUUGGGGAGCAGGGCAGGGCAGAGCACUGAGCCCCUCGGUUCAAGGCUGCUGACAGCGCAUUGCCGCCGUGUUUUCUCUCGUAGCUUAUAAAUAGUUUUUGUCAUUUGCCCUUCCCCCUUCCUAUCCUUUUGGCUUCUCACACAAUUACAGUCUGAGCCUGUGUGACUGUAUGAAAGGCAUUUCCUCCUGCUACUUUUUUUUUUUUUUUUUUUUGAAGUCGGCUUCAGCCCACCAGCUGCUUUCCAUUAGUGUUACACACACACUCGCCGGGAGGGCAGCACAUAUUGCUUCAGGCGCUGCUGAACAGCAGAAAUCCUUCAGAAUCAGUCAGACAGAGGCUUCUCAAAGCAGACUAUAGGUACAGUGAGUUCAGCCUGCUGGGAGCUGUCUUCUGGCAAGCCUUCGCUGGGAAGCUGAGUGACUAUAUCAUGGCUACGGGGCCAACAGAUGUCAUACAGUCACCUGAACCAGGGGAGACAGCCGAAGAGUACACAGGAAAGAAAAAAUCCAGAUUUCAGACUUUCAAGAACUUCUUUGCCAAGAAGAAAAGGAAAGAACCUUCACCUCCCAAGGGGGAGGGUAACUUAAAACCUAGCCAGUCCAUCAGGGAUGUCAGCAUCUACGUGCUCGAUGCUAACACACUUCAUUCACCGAAGGAGGCUGGGCCCAAAGGAAACAUGGGAAACAAAGCCUUGUCCCAUGACAGUGUCUUCAUUUUUGAGUCUGCAUCAGGAAGUGCAGCAGGUGACACGUCAUCUCAGGAAUGCAUACCUGGAAGAGUGAAAACUUUGCAGCUUCAGCUGCAGCAAAACAUCAGGCUUGGAUCUCCUCCACUUGUUAUCACUGGAAAGAAAACGGAAGAUGCGGGCACAGUUUCGGAGGAUGAUGGAUUACCUCGAAGCCCUCCUGACAUUUCAACCCUUCAUGAAGUUCUGACCGAUUCACCAAGCAAGUCCUCCAACCCUGUUCAACGUCAUAGCUCUUUGAGUUUAGGUGGGACAGACAGUGAAGAUGAACAGAUACUUUCUGGAGCUUCCUCCAGGCCCAUCAGUCCUUCAGCCUCUGCUGCUCUGGGGGCUGCAGGCUCACGGGGCAGCAGCUCCCUUCCCAUUGACUUUACCAUCCCUGCCAGCCCCCUGGGCUGCCUGGACACCUCUGCUGCCCGGCACCGCAUUGCCAUCAACCCCCGGAGACAGAAGGGCUUUACCAGCAAGAGCCAGCAAAGCCAGGUGGAACACACAGAAAAAGAAACAUGUUUUUGUGGAACUCCAGAAAAGAAGGGAAAUCCAACAGAAUUACUUGAGAGUGACCAGCAUAAAAGCGAUUGGGAAGGCUUAUCAGCCCAUGUGGAAUGUGGUGCAGAGGCAGGUGGUUCUAAGGAGACACCAAGUGUACAAUGUCCUGCUGAUGCUGACCCUGACUCCUACAGUUCCAGACUUGUGGCAGAAGACCCUUGUACUCUGCUGCAAGAAGAUGCAUGCCUUCCAGAUGUGGACCAUCACUGUAAUGCAGCCACAUCCCUUCUGAGACCUGAGUCUCCUCCAGUGAGCCUGGGGGAACAGCACAGUGCUGCGGUGCCACACAGUUCAGAUGACACUUCUGGGGAACUGAAAUUACAUCAGCAAAAUACCAAUAUGGAAGUAUCUGCACUUCCAAAAUCUCAACAAAUUGAAGCAGGAGCUGUUGUGCUUCCAGGUGCACUAGCAGCUAACUCGUUUGGCAGUGGCACUGAAAUGGAGAGUAUAACUGUAUUGACAUAUGUUGCACAAAACUGCCCAGCAAAAUCUGUGGACCAAAAUGUCAAAGACGAGGAAAAGGUGGGUACACUAUUUAUUGGCAAAGUAGAAGCUUCUCUGGGUACUAAUGAGAGCUGUUCCAACCAGUCUGUCUUAGAUACCGCUCUGAGCACUUCACAGGUUACAGUAGCUGAUUCACAGUCUUCUGACGUCAAGACAGUGGAUGUUUUGAAGCCUGAGAGCAGCUCAGCAACAAGAAAUGACAACGAAACUUGUGAAAAAAUGGAAUUUCAGCCAUCCGAAGGCAGUGCAGGAAAAAAAAUAGACACUGCUGCGUCUGCGCUAGAAGCAGGUUGCGUGCUACCUCCCAGCAAAUUGGAAGUAUGCUUUACAGCAGAAAUACCUUGUCCCGUUUCAAAGGAUAACCAUGUCAGUCAGCAAACCUGCACAUCGCAUGCUUCUGAAAAGCUUUCCAUUGAAAGUCUGGCCUCUUCAAGUUUGGCUGGACUGACAUGUCAUGUCACUUCUAACGAUGACUGUAAGGAGUACCAAGUAAGCAGUACAGCUUCUCACAGGAAACCAGAGAAAGACAGUCAGUCCUCAGAAGAAAAUACACAAAGUGUGCUAAAAACUGCUGCUGCGAAGCCAGUGAGGUUUACCAUUGCACCUGCAUGGCAAAGAUCUCUCUCAGGGGGUUCAAAUUCAAAGGAAGAUUCCUAUAGCAGAAGUUCCCCAACCUCCCCUAUAAGACCAGAGUUGUUUGAAGGAAUAACAAAAGAACAUGCAGUCAUCCAGGAUUCUAUGAAAAACAACUCCAACAGAUUUGAUUGUAGGGACAGUGAUUUGCUUUUGAAUUCUUCUCUGGAGUGGGCUGACCGGGAGGCAAAAAAUGUUGAAAAUCCUUUUGGGGUCAAAUUAAGGAGAACAUCUUCUUUACUGAAGUACCAGAGUGAAAGCCGUGCUGAGUCUCCAAAGCUGCUCCCCUCAGGUGCUCCCACUGCUUCUGCUGCAGUCAAGGAGGAUCAGAAGCCAGCGGGCGCUGCGAAGCCACCUCCAAGCCUUCCUGCCAGCACAACAUCAUUCUUAAAACAAGCCGAUGUAGAAGACAAAAGUCCUCCCAAGACAAGAUCAGAAGAAGGGACAAAGAAGCAAAAUGGUACUAAACCUUCAGAAAAAGUAUUUUCUCUACAUUUGGAAACUGCUUCCUCUGAGCCGGCUUGGAUCUCCAUGGCAAAACUAAAACAGAAGGGUUUCCAGGACCACCCUCUUGCCAAAGAACAGAAGGCUGAAGAGCAAACCUCGAGCAAAGUUGAUCACGAGGAGCAAGUCAUCUGUGGUAGUGAGAACCUACAGAAGAACAUGCCUUCCAGCUUGAGGACUCAGGAGAAGAAACCACAAAUGAAGACCAGUGUGUGUGCUGCAGCAGGUAAAGUUGGACCUAUUGCUCAGGAAGCAUCUGUGAUUCCUGCUGUUGAAAAGGAAACAAGACACUCUUCUAACCUGCCAGUGACACCGUGCAGUCCUGCUGAACCACCCUGGCUAUCCCUGGCCAAGAAGAAAGCCAAAGCAUGGAGUGAAAUGCCCCAGAUUGUACAAUAGCAAAUGACAUGGACAUCCUUUGUACCGUCUAUAGCUGCAUUAACUCCAUUUAAAUCCUUCUUCACUGUGAUCAUUUUUUUGAGAAAUUAGAGCCUUAGAACUUUUGCUCAGACUGCUGUAUGUAAAUAUACAGUGAAGAAAUGCCAUCUGGGGCUCAAUUUUGAAGUAUUAGCAAGCAGAGCAUUUUCUACUACCAACUACUAGGAAAACUUGAUCAUUAUGUCAUACACUUACGUAUUUGACUAAAAGACACUGAUGUUCUAAGAAGACGUGCUUCAGGCUUUUGAAAUGUUUCCCUUGCUAAAUAUGUUUUUAAAGUUUCCAUGAACGAUGUAGUGUUUUGUGCAAUGUGGUUUUGGCUAAGGAAUUAAUGUAUGCUAUAAAAUAGAUAUGAUGCUGUACACUGAUGCAUCAUUGUGACUCAUGGGCAUUGAUGUCAUCACACUUGUGUGUAAUGGUCUGCAUUUGCUUCUGAUUGCUAAUGGACCUAUUUUGUGAUAGCUGCAGGAUCCAAACAGCACUGUGAGUUGGAGUAAUUUUGCCUUUUUGGAUAAUUUGAAAUCACAGUGCUGUAGGUCUUGUGCUUUGCUCAGUGAUGCCAGGUGGGAUGACCCAGAGACACAUGCCUCCUUUUCUCUGCCACAUCCUAGAAAGCCAUCGUGCUCUAGCAUCCUCUCUGUUUUUGGCUGUCUGUUUGGAAAUCUGGAAUAAUCUACCAAAAAACCCCCAAAACAAAUCAAACCCCCAAAAAACUUCCUUUAAUUAUGGCAAAGAGUAAUUUCUUUUUUGUGAGAUUCAUCAGCAAAACCUCUCUCUUAAAGAGUGGCAGCGGAUGGAAACUUGUUGCUACCUGGAAAUUCACAGCAUAUGUUCAACAAAGGCCACUCCAUUUUUCACAUUCUUGUGUGAUAAAGUGGCUACUUUCCCCCAUGUGUCAUCUAUCCUUAACUGGUAACCCAACAUCAGUCUAAAAAUGCCAUCAUUGAAGGGAGCAGACUAUUGAAAGAAAAGCUUUAUAAAAUGAUGUUAGUGGCUUAAAAGCCAACAGCA